AUGGAGAUGACCGAUAAUACUGCGGACAUACCGGCAGAGGUAAUCCAUCCUCGACCGGCAACUCACCCUGCACUGUUCGCCUCCGCAUCCGGCACCUACUCAACACUGAAUGACCAGCGAACAGUUUUGGAUGCAUGUGGUGUCUCUAUGAUCGGCCACGGCGAUGAGACUGUCAAGUUUGCUAUACAAGAACAGCUACAAAAAGUUGCCUACGCUCAUCCCUUCAUGCACACAACGUCUCCCCCCCAAGACUUGGCAUCCUUCCUCUGUCAGGGAAUCCCUUCUCUGGAGCCAUUUAAAGUAUACUUCUCGAGUUCAGGAAGCGAGGCUGUUGACUCUGCCAUGAAGCUCGUGGUGGCAUUCCAUCGCGCCAACAAUAAUCCUCAGCGUACGCACUUCGUGUCGAGACAAAGAUCGUAUCACGGAAACACUAUUGGUUCGAUGUGCCUGGGCGACUUCCCGCGUCGCAAACAGCCUUAUGAUGAAGCUUUCAACAGGCUAGAUGUCAGCUUUGUCAGCCCUGCGUACGCCUAUCGUCAGCAGGGGAGUGACGAGAGCGAGGUACAGUAUUCUAACAGAUUGAUCAACGAAAUUGAAGCAGAGUUUUGCAGAAUUGGGCCACAGAAUGUCGCAGCCUUUGUUGCAGAAACAGUGGGGGGUUCGACUGCCGGAUGCAUUACGGCCCCUGAGGGCUACUUUGAGGGCGUGCGCCGUGUUUGUAACAAAUAUGGAGUGCUUCUUCUCCUCGACGAGAUUAUGUGCGGGAACGGCCGCACGGGAACCUACUUUGCGUUCGAGUCCGAGGGUGACUUCGUUCCCGAUAUUGUUGUUUUGGGCAAAGGACUCUCUGGCGGGUAUUUGCCUCUUGCAGCAACGCUCAUCCAGCAUUCUGUCUACGAAGUGAUCCAAAGCGCUGGAGGCUUCAUCCAUGGGCACACCUACCAAGCACACCCUGUCAGCUGCGCCGCCGCUCUUGCUGUGCAGCGUGUCAUACGAAGCACCGGCUGUCUGGCCCACUGCAAAAGGUUAGGCGACAGAAUGGGCUUAAAGUUGCGCUCGUUGUUCACAGAUCUCGAGUUUGUGGGAGACAUUCGGGGCCGUGGCCUCUUCUGGGCUAUCGAGUUCGUCGCGAACAAGCGGUUGAAGAUGCCUUUGGCCGAGGACUUUGCAUUUGGAUCAAAGCUAAGACAGUUUGCGCACGACAGUGGUGUGGCUAUACUGUCUGGAAGUGGCACCGCGGACGGUCACGCGGGUGAUCACAUAAUUUUUGCUCCACCACUGACAAUCGAGCAAGCAGAACUGGACUGGAUGAUUGAUAUCACAAGGGAGGCAUAUCUGAGGACCGAAAAGGUGUAUAAAGCACAAAGAUAUUCAGGAGACGCCCAAUAG